AUGUUCCGGCUGCUGCUGCUGGCUGCCUCUCUCGCUGCCGCUGCUCCUGCCCAGCUCUGCAAGCCAGAUGCACAGAACGCUUUCAAAGUGCGGCUCAGCAUCAAGACAGCGCUGGGAGAGAAUGCAUAUGCCUGGGAUGCUCAUGAGGAGUACCUCUUCAAGGCAAUGGUGGCUUUUGCAAUGAGAAGAUAUUCCAGCAAGAGCAGCACUCAAAUUGCCAACGUGCUGCUCUGCAACGUGACAGACCGAGUGUCCUUCUGGUUUGUGGUCACAGACUCUUCCAGAAACCUGACAGCUGUUCCUGGAAGGGAGGUGGAGGCAGCCAUCAGGAUGAGCCGGCACAGAAUCAACAGUGCUUUCCUGCUGAGUGACAGAACACUGCAGUUCCUCAAGAUAACCUCAACCCUCUCCCCCCCUGUGGAGCCCUCCACACCUGUCUGGCUCAUUGUGUUUGGAGUUGUCCUGUGCCUGAUCGUGGCUGGAAUUGUCUUCCUCAUCGUUGGAGGCAUUCGGCAGCACAAGAAAAGGAAUAAGGAGCCCAGGCAGGCAGAGGCAGUGGAGGAGAAGGCUGAGGUGGCAAUGGAGAAUGGGAUCCCCUGCGAGACGCUGGAGGUGAAAGGAGGCCGCCUCAACGGGGGCUUUGCUGCAGAGGAGGAACGCUUCACACCCUUGUGA